GCUGGGAUUAGCAGGAGGCGAAUGAGUUUCAAUUUUACUGGAUUACAGAACAAAGAAAGGGGAAAGGGACACCCUGCUCUGUUAAGGGAAAAAAGAGAAAUAAACUGAGAAUAAAAUACACAAAUAAUAGACAAAAAGCCGUGCGGUCGGGAUCAACAUUGUGAUGUUCCGGAUUACGAUGUUUUAGCGGACGGUACGGCUACAUUGUGGAUGGGAAUUGUGAGCGUUUCUGAUGGAUUAAAACGGGGGAAUAAACCUAUUCCGGGAUUGACAGCAGCAACAAGGCUAUUUAAUCGCUAAUUAAGCAGAGGCAUGGCUCAGAUGAGGAAGCUGACAUGUGACGGCAUCAGGACGAACUCCCGGGUGGAGACACAGGCCCCACUAGUGUCUGCCAGGCAGGAGAUCCUCACCAGCCUGGUGUCUGCCCUCGACUCUGUGUGCAUGGCGAUGUCCAAGCUCAAUGCUGAGGUGGCGUGUGUCACCGUGCACGAGGACAGUGUGAUUGCUGUCGGCACAGAGAAAGGCAGAGUGUUCCUCAAUUCCAGGAGGGAAAUCCAAACAGACUUCUACAAGUUUUGCCGAGUACCAUGUCUACAAUCUCUGAGCGCUGCAAACGCCCAUACCAAAGACCAGGAAGGUGAUCUCAGCAAAGUCAGUAAAGAUGCUGAGCACGGGAAAGCCAGAGCUCCAUCAGAUGCCCAAUCCAACAUCUUUGUACUGAGGAAGAUGGUGGAGGAAGUCUUCACUGUACUUUACAGUGAGGCUGUGGGAAAGAGCAGCCUGGUCCCUGUGCCUUAUGAGUGGAUCCAGAAGGACGCCAGCUGUGUGGUGGCUCAUGGGUUGCCUGAGGGAGUAACCCUGAAGAAGCCUUCUGAGUACGACACCAAGACACUGAUGAAAAUUCUGGAGCAGAGCCACCGCAUCCAGUUCACAGUCAAAAGGCCAGCAGACGAUGUGCCUCGGGAAACCAAAUCCAGCACAGAUGUCAAUCACACCUCUUCCACCGCCACAAUGACGCCAAGCAGCCACAGCCAAGGGAAGACUGCUGCUCAGGUCGCCACACCAUCAAGUCAAGCCACGUCCAGCAACUCUGUCCUGUCCAACUUCCUGUACGGCAUGCCCAUGUCAUCCAAACCCCAUCCAGACGGCAAGCUGGACUUCAAACCCAUGUCACUCCUCAACAUGAGCAAGGACAGGAUGGGUAACUGGGCUGCAGGAGGAGACAAGAACAUGUCCACCAAGGACUGUAUAAACAAUGAUGAAGCAUCCAGGUUAACAGGAGAGCAGGGUCAGAGCCCUCCUGGCAUCCACAUCUCCAAGAGGCUACUCUUCUCCAUAGUGCAUGAAAAAUCAGAAAAAUGGGACUCUUUCAUUCGGGAAACUGAAGACAUAAACACGUUGAGAGAAUGUGUUCAGAUCUUGUUCAACAGCAGAUACGCUGAGGCUCUGGGUCUGGAUCACAUGGUGCCUGUUCCCUACCGCAAGAUAGCGUGUGACCCUGGAGCCGUGGAGAUCAUCGGCAUCCCGGACCAGAUCCCCUUCAAGAGACCCUGCACCUACGGUGUUCCUAAGCUCAAACGCAUCCUGGACGAGCGCCAUGGAAUUCGCUUCAUAGUAAAACGCAUGUUUGAUGAAAGGAUUUUCACUGCUGCUGGCAAGAUUGCAAGGGAGGAGGGCAAGCUUGACCUGGGCUGCACGCCUGAAGACAGCUUCCCUGACAAUCUGAGCAUCCCACCCACCACCUCCGAGCUGGUCAGCAAUCCUCACAGCAGCAGAUCAGCAAGUGCAUGUGUGAGUCCUUUGGCUGACUGUGAAGCAGGUCCUUCAGCAGACUGCAUUCCUUUGAAACGGAUUAAAACAGAACCUCCAGACGGGGAGAUCAUUCAAGUUACGGUGCCAGAUGCGAACGCGAAUGCGAAUGCAAGUGUGGAAGAGCCCGGUGAGUCGGUUGUGGAUCCCCCUGCAGCCUCGGCAUGUCCGGCCACAGCCUCCCCUUCUGCCCCCUCUGCCCCUCCUGCUCCUUCUGCUCCCCACCACCCGAUGGAAAAUCACGCAGCUGAAGCUCUGUCACCGAACACAGCCAACCAGAGCAUUAGAAGAUCCUCUGAAGCUGGGAGUCUGGUGGAGGACAUUGGUGAAAUGAUUCUUCAGCUGAGACGACAAGUGGAGAGCCUCUUCUGCAUCAAGUACGCUGAAGCUCUGGGCCUCCCAGAACCCUCCAAGGUGCCGUACUCUAAGUUCCAGAUGUACCCAGAGGAUCUUUACGUCACUGGACUGCCUGAAGGAAUCGCCCUUCGAAGGCCCAACUGUUUCGGAGCAGCCAAACUACGCAAGAUUUUGAAUGCCAGCAGUCAGAUAAAUUUUGUCAUUAAAAGGCCUGAGCUGUUAACGGACCAAGUCAAACAAGAAAUGCCUUCUGUCCCCGUCUGUGAUUCAGAACUGGAUGUCAAGGACGCAUCACCAGUAACAGAGGAUGCUGCAGCUGCAUCCAAGAGGCCUGGCUUCUCAGAGUGCUUGGAGUCUAAACUGUCCCGGAUCGAUCUGGCCAACACUCUGCGAGAACAAGUCCAAGAUCUGUUCAACAGGAAGUAUGGGGAGGCAUUGGGCAUCAAGUACCCCGUCCAAGUGCCUUACAAGAGGAUCAAAAACAACCCGGACUCAGUCAUCAUCGAGGGCCUUCCCCCCGGCAUCCCCUUCAGGAAGCCCUGCACAUUCGGCUCUCAGAACCUGGAGAGGAUCCUGGCCGUGGCCGACAAAAUCAGCUUCACUAUCACCAGACCUUUUCAAGGACUCAUUCCAAAACCAGCACCUCGGCGAGUCACUUUACUCAAGAAGGCCUACGCCUCAAUAAGCGAUGACGAUGAUAUUAACCGCAUGGGGGAGAAGGUGGUGCUUCGAGAGCAAGUUAAGGAACUGUUUAACAAGAAAUAUGGUGAGGCUCUGGGGUUGGACCGCUCCGUCGUGGUGCCCUACAAACUAAUCCGUGGCAGUCCGGAGUCUGUAGAAAUCAGUGGCCUUCCAGACGAUAUCCCCUUCCGAAACCCCAACACCUAUGACAUCGUGUGCCUGGAGAAAAUCCUUCAAGCCGCAGAUAAAAUAACAUUCAACAUCAAGAGCCAGCUCCAGCCUUUUGCAGAAAUCUGUAGUCAGGCGUGUAACACAGUAGGAACAGAAGCCCCCACCAACCGACGAAAACGCAAAAGAGUCCAAGAGAGCAGCCGGGUACCGCCCUCCUCUGAGCUGGGACUAUCAACCAAUCAGAUUCCAGUCAUGCAGUGGCCCAUGUACAUGGUGGACUACAGCGGAGUGAAUGUGCAGGUUCCUGGGAAAGUCAAUUACUGAAGAACAAACCUCAACUGCAGCAAAGGGAUAAAAGGAGGAGUUUGUCAAAGUGAUAUUUAUGACUCUUCAACAUGCGACACUAACACUUUGUCAGAGUGCGACGACUAAACACAUCUGUGGACUGAACUGAAUGAGCUGAAGGUUUGACUCGUCCCGCUGUGGAACGGCAGAAUGUAUGUGGAUCUGAGCGCCACAGGGCAAACGCUUGGCUUGUUUUCUGCCUCCUGACAGAACGGCUAUCAGUUUAGUUUUCUUCUAAAGCUGAUAAUGACAGUAAUGUUCUUUUUUUUUUUUUUACAGAGCUCAAGACGUUUCUAAAGUUAUUUGCCCUCGCUUUUACAAAGUGUCCAACCACUGAGGUCGUGGUGUUGGAUCCAGCGUUUGAUUGCAAUGUAUUACUGACAAAAAAAAUGUCUUUGAUAGCGAUCUGGUUCCAUAGUAUUCAGAUGUUUGUACUUUUUAUUUAUUAUAUUUAUUAAAAUAUAACAUUAUGUGCAGGGAUGUAAAAUACAUUGUUCUGUUAUACAGCUCCUCAAGGAACUAUCAUGACACUAACACAGACGCUACGAGUCUCCUAACUACAGGUAGCCAACAUCAAUCAAAUUAAAGUGCAGAAAUGAAGUGUCUUAAUUGUGCGUCGCAGUGGCCGCGAGCCACCACAAAUUAAAGAUGACAAAAUAGAGUUCACCUGAAAGCAGCAGGAUGGAACCGCAGUACAAGACCUUCACUAAACCCCCCUCCCUCAGCCUUUUUUAUGUUAGCAUCACAUUAACAAUAUGUAAAAUAUCUCAUUUAAAGUCAGCCUGAAUGUAUCAUGUAAAGGAAAGAAUGGUAUGUUAUUCUGCAAUGACUGUCUCUGGACUAACGAUAUUUAAUAUGCUGUACCUUAACGCCAAUUAGGCCUUUGAAAUAAAAUGUGUUGCCUUGCACUUUCA